UAAUAAUCAGUUUUAUUUAUUAAAACAGUUAACUAAUAAAUAAUUAAUAAAAUAAUGUCUAAACCUAUGGUAAUCAUUGAUACCGAUUGCGGUGUCGACGACGCGUUGGCUAUAAUGUUGGCCGCAUUUUGCCAAAAACAAAACAAAUUGGACAUUAAGGCCAUUACCUGUACGCACGGCAACACCAGCUGUACUAAUGUCACCAAAAAUGUUGCCCUAACCCUCAGGGCUAUGGAUCUAAAGAAUAUCAAGAUAUAUAAAGGCUGUGAGUCUCCAACUAUCGGACCAUUUAUUAAUGAUGAAUACUAUGGAAAGGAUGGUUUGGGCGACUCUACCAAAGAUAUGCCGCCCAUCGAUGUACACGUCGAAGCCGAGCACGCGGUCAAUGCGCUGAUACGGUUGGCCAAAGAAAAUCACAAACAGAUAACACUGAUAGCAUUGGGACCGUUGACCAACAUCGGACUGGCCUAUCUCAUGGACAACCAGUUUUUCGAUAAUCUCCGUGAUAUUGUUUAUUUGGGCGGAACUAUAGAUUUUGGCGGCAAUAUGACACCGGCCCAGGAGUUCAAUGUAAUGAGAGAUCCCGAAGCGUGUCAUAUAAUGUUGAACAAUGCCAAAUGUCCCAUUACUAUUGUACCAAUUGAAUGCGGUCUAACCAAUCUACUGACCUGGGAUAUUUAUGACAAAAUCAUAGCACUGGACAAUGAUAAAGCUAAAUUUGUCAAAUUGAUUACCAAUAUGGAGUAUAAACGUGUUCAUCCAGGUUUUAAAGGUCUUAUAAUGGCUGAUACAUUGACAGUCUUGGCAUUUGCUUAUCAGGAGUUUAUUGUAACUAAACAGUCAAUCAAAACUAGUGUUGAACUAAAUGGCGAAAAUACUAGAGGACAGUUGGUUUUGGAUAAAAGACAUGGAUUUGACUAUCAGCCAACCAAAUGGCCAAACGUUACAUUUAUUACACAUUUUGAUCAGUCAAAGUUUAUGCAACUAUUGAUAGAUUUUCUAAAGUAAUAAACAAUUAUAAUAUCAUUAAAAAAUGGAUUUAAUAAUAAUAAUAAUAAUAAUA